AUUUGACGUGUGCUUGUGGAACUAGUAAUAAGAGAGCCUUUCGUUUCUUCUGCCACCUGACAAACUCACAUUGGCUUUGUUGGUUUAAGACUGUGUAAGCUUUCCUAGUUCCAAUCAUUCUUAUUCUUUUGGUUUUCAGUUUUCACUCUUUAUCUCAUCAGCAUUUCCAAACCAUGGGCCAGAUUCUUGACAAACUCCAAGGGAAGCAAUGGAGAGAGAAACAGAUGCGAAAGAUUACAGACAAGGUGUUUUAUCGUUUCAAAAAUGAAACAGGAAGAGCUAAUCUGAAGUUUGAAGACCUUUAUAUUGCCGUUCUACUUGUCUACAAUGAUAUAAACAAGCUUUUGCCUGGUCCUCACUUUGAUCCUCCUCCUAAAGAAGAAGUUAGAGCCUUGAUGCAGGAAUGUGACAUGAAUCUUGACGGGGAACUAGAUCAUGAAGAAUUCGUCAAGUUUAUUAAAAAGUUAACAAAGGAUACAUUCAUCACUGUGAGUCAGGGACUGAUUAUUACAUUGGCAGUAGCACCAACAGUUGCUCUUAUAACAAAGAGGACAACAGAAGGAGUUCCUGGUGUUGGGAAGGUAGUGCAGAAGAUCCCAAAUGCUGUUUACGCUUCCCUUGUGACCCUCACGGUUGUCAUGUUUCAGAAAGCAGUUGAAGCUAGGGAAUAGUGCAGUUUGUUUUCUUACAGAAACAAGUUUCUACUUAAUGUGUAUAAUUAAGAUAACAGACAUCUGCUACAAACUUGAUUUUGAGUAUCUCAUUGUUGCACACAACAAAUUCCAGAA